CCGGUUUUCUCCCUCCGCGGUUACUGUCUGCCCAUGGACCGCACCGGCGGCGAAACUUCCAGGAAAAGCGCGGUGAACUUCACAUGCCACUCACUGGUCACUACCAUCCCCGCUCGCCCGCGCCAGCGUAGAUCGGUCCAAACGUGGCGAGAACGACGCCGCUGGUUAUUGCGGCCGGCCACUUCACAGGCCGGAGUAGUUGGACGUGAUUAACUAGGAGCAGAGGCAGAGAGCGUGUGUAUGUAUGUAUAUUCAUGGCGCCAUGCAUGGUGGAUUGGUGGUGGCCAUGCCCUGGACCAAAAGGGAGAGGAGACUAGGACCGGCGGUCCGAGCGUGACGUGGUUCUUCCUUCCCCGAUUCAAAGUCUCGCGCUUUUCUCCGGUCUUCAGUCAAACCAACCUCAUGAUUUUUUACUAUUCCGCCAUGAACAGUGCUUGGGUCCGGCGGCCCUAUAAAGCCUCCUCCUCCUCCCGCUGCCACCAGUCACCACCAAGCUCAUCAUCAUCAUCACAACAAAAGGAACGCCCGCCGAGCAAGCACGGGCACGCUCUCGUUCUCGUCUCAUGAGAAGCUUGCCGCUGAUCGACUAGCUAGACUUGGUGUGCCGGCCGGGCAUGGAGGGCACGACGGCGACGCUGGCGUCGGAGCUGGACGGGCUGCUGGCCAUGGCGAGGGAGCUGGAAGCGCGCGUCGACGGCGACCAGGGCGCGCCCGGCGCGGCGAGGGAGCUCUGCGCCGAGCUGGCCGCGUCCGUCGACCGGGCCGUGCGCCUCGCCGGGAGCGGAGGCAAUGCCGGCGGCAGGGCGUGCGUGAACGGCCGGCUCAGGAGCGGCAGGAAUGCGGCGGCAGUGCGGGCGCAGGUCCGGGUGGCGUCGAUGCAUGACCUCGGCCCCCUCGACGACGGGCUCAGCUGGCGCAAGUACGGCCAGAAGGACAUCCUGGGCGCCACGUACCCCAGAGCAUACUUCCGGUGCACGCACCGGCACUCGCAGGGCUGCCAGGCCACCAAGCAGGUGCAGCGCGCCCACGCCGACCCGCUGCUCUUCGACGUCGUCUACCACGGCGCGCACACCUGCGCCCAGGCCGCCGCGGCCCUGGCCGGCCCGGAGCACCAGCCUCCUGCCGCCUUCGGCCUGGAGCAGCAGCAGCAGAGCUCGCCGCCUGCGGCGCCACAAGGGAUCCAGUGGCCGGCGGAGCCCAUGACGCCGCCCUCCUUUCCUUCCUCGCCGGCCGGCUGCUACACGCCGGCGAGCUCCUGGUGCCAGCUUACCGGCGGCUACGGCUACGCUGCCGGCGGCGGCCUCGGGGCUGACAUGGAGUUCGACGAGCUGUUCUGGAACACGCCAGGGUUUUUCGAACCGGAGGUUCAGAACCUGUAGGCAGGCGCAGCGGCCAGCAUCCUACUGUAUUUGAGCCAGUGUUUAGAUUCAGGUUCCUGAUCAUGUAUCACAAUGGAAGCUAUAUCUAUACAGUAUCAUCACUGGUGGUGGCUAUACACUGACCUGAAA